UUUAAGAGCUUCCGGGGUGAACUGGGCAGGACGGAAGAACUCAAAGGCAACUAAAGAUGGCGGCGCAGACGCAUAAAAAUAACAAACCGGGGAAAUCAGGGGGGAAAGAAGCUCAGCCGCUGAUACUCCCCAAGACUCCGGCGGAGGAACAGCGUCUGAAGCUGGAGCGGCUCAUGCGGAACCCCGACAAAGUCGCUCCCAUCCCGGAGCGGCAGAAGGAGUGGGCCCCGCGAGCGCCGCCGGAGUUUGUCCGGGACGUGAUGGGCUCCAGCGCGGGCGCAGGCAGCGGGGAGUUUCACGUCUACCGCCACCUACGCCGCAGAGAAUACCAGCGGCAGGACUUUCUGGACAAAAUGGCAGCGAAGCAGGGCAAGGACGUGGACUACCUGAAGAAACUGGAGCAGAACCAAGUGGAGGCCGAGGAGCGAACGGCGAAGCGAAGGAAGAAGCGAGAAAAGCUGAAGCUGAAGAAGCUGUUGGCAAAGAAGGCUAAGAUGGAGGGGAAGGAGAAAAAAGAUGGAGACGAGGACUCUGACAGUAGUGGAGAGGAAGAACGGAAGGAGGAGAGUGGGGAAGAAGAGCAAAAAGAGGACGACGCUGAGACCCCGAGCUUCAUCAUGGGGAGGAAAUGAACAACCAUAUGAAAGUACAGUGGCAGGAGUUAGCCUGGUCUCUAAGCAACUUAACACCUGCCCGGACCAUAAAUGGUUGAUUGAGUCAGGAGAUGGAGAAACGUAUUGACUGGAUCCGUUGUACUGUUAAAUACAGAACUCCCUGAGUGGAUUUUAGCCAAUCACUUGAUUCGGUUUGGACACGUGAUCACACUCGCAAAACUGUGAAGCUGUUGGGUUUUGCCUAAAUUGUUUGCUCAUGUUUUGUUUUAAUAAAAAAAUAAAAAACUUUAAUUCUAUGUUUCCAUUCUUUGCUCUCAAGAAGGGGAUGGAGGAUUAUUCACAUUCGAAAUGUGCUUUUUCUUAAGGUUAUGACGUCAUGUCUGUGUAUUUUGCCGCCUUGUCGAUCGGCCCCUGGUGACCUCUAUCACCCGUGGGAACAGCAAGGCUGCAGAAAGCGUCUCAAAGGAUGAAAAGGCGUGGCUUCCGCAGGCUUGGGAGUCCCACGUGCGAUGUUCCUUGGACAGACUUCCUGCUUCCCACGGAGGAGGCGGUCCGGCUCAGUGGCCGCCACCUUUCUUGAGGCAGGUAGAGUAAAAAAAAACAGGCAGCUUGAUAUUGUUUGGGCCAGGAGAAGCUAUUCCUGUCAGACACUGUCUGCUGUCACAGUAAUAGUUUAAUACCCCAUCAUUAUUCUCACUUUAAUUCAUAUCCAUCAUUUUUAAAGGUGGAUUUGCUUCAGCGUAGAGGCGGAAGGUGCUCCACAGUUUAAACUAAGUUAAGAGGUUUGUGUCGGCACCGUCUUCCUUUAACCGUGUCCUGCACUGAGGUUUGUUUUGGUCCCAAAGUAAUAUUGGUGGGGAUAAGAUUUGAGGGAGUAUUUAGAAGAUUUCUUGAUAUACUUGCAAUAAGCGGUCAUAUUCAAUAGAUCAGAAUUCUGAUUAUAUUCUGAUUUAUUGAAAGUAUGAUUGUCAGAUUAAUCAUACUUUUCGAAUAUAACAAUCUUUAAGCAAGUAUAAAGAGUUAUUUUACUCGGCCUGGAUUUCUGGAUUAAAGAAAUGCUAUCAAAAUGUUUUUGCUAGCUGUACAAUAAAUAAAGGCAAAAAAA